ACAGGCAGGGCGGGCUAGGGGGGCGGUGAGGGUCUGGGGGAGCGGGGAUCUGGGGUGGCGAGUCGAAGUGGAGGGCCAGGGACAGAGGCGGGUGGCGCUGCGAUCGAAACCCAAAGCCCCCGGGCGCGGGCUGCUUGCAGUUCGGCCCGCGGGCCGGGCGGCCGGGACCGAAGGGAAGUGAGGCGCGGGCGAGAGGCGGGCCCUGGCGCGUCGCCCGAGGCCGGGCGAAGGCGGGGGCCUCGGCCUCCCGGUCCCUGGCGGGCCUCCAGGCCCCAGACACACCCCUCUACCCGCCCCCCCCCCCCCACUCCGAGGCUCCUUCCCUUUGGGUGACUGCCUGCUGGGACUUGAGCCGGAGUCUGUCCGAGCGUCUUCGGCGUGACCCCGGCAGAGCCUUCUCGGAACUUGAGGCCACCUUCCCGAGCACGUAUUCCUAGCAAAGCCGUUUAUUUACCCACUUUUCGGAUCCCAACACAAGCCCUCACCCCAUGAGCUCCGGGCCGGGGUCCAUCGGGGGCGGGCGGGGGGCGGAUCGGCUCCUCUCCUCCGGGUCUGUGCUGAUCCCCCCCCAUCCUCCGCCGCAACUUUGCGCCCCACUGCGACCUCACUUGAACCCCACUGUCAUCCGAGCCCUCUCCGACAUGUCCUCUUGGAAACUGGUCUCUGCUAGAGUACUUUAUUUGUGGAAAAGUGAUGCCCUUUAUUAUGGACCUGAGUAUUCCAGGUAUUGAAUUGGUCCUAUUAACUGCUGGAUGGUUCAAGAUAUUUAACCCUAUUUUCUUUGAGGUAUGACUUAAAUACCAAACAUCUUAAAUAAGAGAAGGGAAACAUUUUAGUUUUGGAAGUCAGAAUGCCAAGGAGAAGGAAAAAUCUUGGGGGAAAUCCUUUUCGGAAGACCACAAACUCUAAGAAAGUUGUCGUGCCCAGUGUUGCUAGUCAUGAGGAGCCAACCACUACACUCCCUGCCAUAUGUGAGACAAAACUUGAUCAGGAAGAACUCUUCACCAGUAUCUCAGAGAUGUUUUCUGAUCUGGAUCCCGAUGUAGUGUAUUUGAUGCUUUCUGAAUGUGAUUUCAAAGUUGAAAAUGCCAUGGACUGUUUAUUAGAAUUAUCUGCCACCGAUGCCAAGAUAGAAGGGUCAUCUUCAAAAAGCUUGAUUGCGUCAGAGAACCAAGUAAGCUCAGUGGGGUGUGAAAUAAUGGAAAAGUGUCCUCCCCAAGAAGAGAACGAAGAUUCAAAAAUGGAUUCGUUUUUGGACAUGCAAUUAACUGAAGACUUGGAUUCCUUAAUACAGAAUGCUUUUGAGAAGCUGAACUCUUCUGAUGACCAAGUGUAUUCAUUUUUGCCUUUGCAAGAUGUUAAUAGUUUUAGUGACUCGAGUGCAUUUAUAGGUUCAGAUUCAAAUAGUAUGACUCCCACUCAUUCUGUACAAAAUAUGAAUUUAAACAGUGAAAAUUUAGAGAAUUCUGUCCCUGUAUUACAUUCAAACCCCUUAGCUUUGCAUUCAGUUGCAGAUGAAAGUGAAAAUUUGAUAAAGGACGACACAUUGGUGUUGGAAGAGUCUCUUCUCAGUACUUCUUUAGAUGUAUCAAAUGACAGAACUGUGAGUGGUAGCAGUCUCAGUCAAAGACAGACAGAGCUUGUAGAAUCUGAGUGUGUUGAGGCUCAGUUCUCUGAAGACCCUGUAGAUUUGGACGCUAAUGACUCUUCUUUAAAUCUUGCUGUGCAAAAUUCAGGGCUUGACUUACUAGGUGCAGGUAGUGAUCAGAUACCUACUUCUGUUCCUGAUGUGUUUGUACCUCCUGAAGAAUUCAAUUUCAAGCCACACAAACAAGCUGAACUGGCACCAAAGGGGAAGGAUGUGAAUUACUGCCCAUUACUUACUCCUCUCCCUCUGUUGCUACCACCCCCCCCACCUCCACCAAUGUGGAAUCCAAUGAUUCCUGCUUUUGACCUUUUUCAAGCAAACCAUGGCUUUGUUGCUCCUGUUGUAACUACAGCUGCACACUGGAGGCCUGUCAACUAUUCUUUUCCACCCCCGGUUAUUUCUCACACUUCCCCAACAAAGGUUUGGAGAACUCAAGAUGGAACAUGUGCUUAUCAAGUACAAGAAACUCCGGUUUCUCAGGUGGUAAGAAAGAAGACACCAUCUUAUGUUGGACUAGUUCUUGUUCUUCUCAGAGGGCUUCCAGGAUCAGGAAAAUCUUUUCUUGCAAGGACUUUGCAAGAGGAUAAUCCAAAUGGUCUCAUUUUUAGUACUGAUGAUUAUUUUUAUAUAAAUGGACAGUACCAGUUUGAUGUGAAGUACUUAGGAGAAGCACAUGAGUGGAACCAGAAUCGUGUAAAAGAAGCAUUUGAGAAGAAAGUCUCUCCUAUCAUAAUAGAUAAUACAAACCUACAGGCAUGGGAAAUGAAGCCAUAUGUUGCUUUGUCUCAAAAAUAUAAAUAUAAAGUUCUUUUCCGGGAACCAGACACAUGGUGGAAGUUCAAACCAAAGGAACUUGCAAGGCGUAAUAUUCAUGGGGUAAGCAAAGAAAAAAUAACAAGGAUGUUGGAGCAUUAUCAGCGUUUUGUUUCAGUGCCAAUAAUAAUGAGUGCCUCAGUUCCAGAGAAAACUGAACGUAUUGAAUUAUGUGCAUAUUCUUCUGAGGACAGAAAUACUAGGACAGUUGACUUAAGAGAAUGUGUUUUUGAGGACGAUGUUCACAGCAUCACACAGUGUCCCUUUUAUGAAGACCCAUGGGAGAAAUUUCUCUCAGGUCUAAGUACCAGAAAAAGCUGUACUUCUCCUGAGCAACUGAAAAGGGAGCCCUUUAUGUUUGAAAAAGAUUGUGCCACUAAGCUAAAAGAGAAGCAACUGUUUAAGAUAUUUCCAGCCAUUAACCAAAAUUUUCUCAUGGACAUUUUCAAGGACCACAACUAUUCAUUAGAACAGACUGUACAGUUUCUAAACUGUGUGCUUGAAGGAGACCCGGUAAAAACAGUUGUAGCACAAGAAUUUGUUCACCAAAAUGAGAAUAUCACUUCUCAUACUGCACAGAAGUCUAAGGAGAAAAAGAGCAAGAAAUCAAAAGAGACUGACGAUAUGUCAGGUGAACCAUCUUUCCAGGACUUUGAGUACCCAGAAUAUGAUGACUACAGGGCUGAGGCUUUUCUUCACCAACAGAAGAGGAUGGAAUGCUACAGCAAGGCCAAAGAAGCUUACCGAAUGGGGAAAAAGAAUGUGGCAACAUUUUAUGCCCAGCAGGGUAGUCUCCAUGAACAGAAGAUGAAAGAGGCCAAUCAUCUUGCUGCUGUGGAGAUCUUUGAGAAAGUGAACGCCUCCCUCCUGCCACAGAAUGUUUUAGAUCUCCAUGGAUUGCAUGUGGAUGAAGCUAUAGAACACUUGACAGCAGUUUUACAACAGAAAACUGAAGAAUUUAAGCAGAGUGGUGGUAAGCCCUACCUCUCUGUGAUUACGGGAAGAGGAAACCACAGCCAGGGAGGAGUUGCUCGCAUCAAACCAGCCGUCAUUAAAUACCUCACAAGCCAUAGCUUCAGGUUCUCUGAAAUUAAGCCAGGGUGCUUGAAAGUCAUGCUAAAGUAAAAUAAAUAUCCAUAACAGUGUGAAGGUUUAUAGUUUAAAACUAGUUUUAUUUGCAGUAAUUUAGCCAAUUUUAUAGUAGAUGUGACUUAUUAGAAAUGAUAGCCAGUUAUAAGACAGGAAAACACUAUGAUGCUUUUCAAAAUUCAAGAGAAGUUUAAUUUUUUUACUGAAAUGAAUGCCAAAUAUAUUGUCUGUUAAAGAUAUUAAGGAGAUUUAUAUUGAUUACAGAAUGUCUAAGAAAAGAUAUCAGCUGCAAUUUCAAAGUUUGAAGUGCUCUGAUUUUUUUUCUCAGAGAGAAAAUGUUACCAUUAUAUUAACUGUUGUUUGAUGUCAGUAAAAUUCUAGAGAUUUCUGUGACAGAUACUUCAAGUGCUUUGAAAUAUAAUUCAUUCUUUUAAAAGGCUUGUUUUAAAGAAGAAAUAAUCACAGUAGUAAUGUGAACUCUUAACAAAUGUGUAAGAAUGGAACUCUAACAAAAACACUUGAAUGUUUUCAUUUCAUAAUUAAAUGUGUAAAAUCAUCUCAUUUUGCCAUACCUAAGAGGAGGAUGUGCUGUUAUGCCUUCUCUUGUAUUGUAUGUGACCUUGAUAUCUUACCUUUUAUUCUUUUCUUGUAUAUGACUGCAUUUUCUGGGAGGAAUAUUAAGGUCUGAGAUUAUAUUGCAAUUUUAUCUUUAUAGACUGAAAAAGAUUUUAGAGAUGGAGAAAUGGUUAAAUGUCAAGUGUUGCUGUAUAUAAAGCAUGCAAUUUCUAAACUGCAAUGUGUCUGAAUUCUAUUAAAUUAUAUGUGGAAUACAUUUUUGAUAAUAUCAUAAAAAUAAUUCUUACAAUUUGAAAGUUUUUGGCCUUUACAUUAAAAAAAAGUCAACAUUCUGAAAGGAAACUUUCAUUAAUUUCUGGGUUUUUUUCUGUGAUCUGAAUAGUCCUGUACUAUGUCAAAUAUAUUUUCUUUUCUACAAGUUUAAUGUUGCAAAAUGUAAUUUUAUAAUAUGAGGCAGUGGUUUAAAUAAAGUUGACUUUGAAAUGGAGAAUAUUUUCAACAUGUAAUUUUAGUAAAUAAGUGUGUUGCUUUUGGUAAGUUUAAGAAUAUUUGGAUCUGAAAUUAUAGGACUGAGUUGUUACUCAAAGAAUGCUGAAUUGCAGAGUGGUUUCCCAAAAGAACAAUUUUUGUGACAAUAAAAUUCAGACAUAUGUUUUCAUGUACCAUGGAAGCAUGUUUUUAAAAAGGACUGUAUCACUGAAUUUUAUUUUUAAGAAAAUAAAAUAUUUACUUAUUUAGAAAUGGUUAGUCCUUGGCAUUGAAGUGCUAUUCAAAUAUAAAAAUUUGUUUAAAACAAUAAAAAAUGUCAAUAGCUUCGCAUAUGUUUUUGUGAAGUGUGGAACAUUUGUAUACAUUAAAAAUUAAAGCAAUGCCUUUAAGGAAAUUAGUAUAAAGCUAUAAUUUGUUGAUGAAAUAUAAAAUAUUUCUGUUUACAAUAGUACAAUUUAAGAGAUAUGAAUAACAGUACUAAAACCUUUAGUUAUUCGAGUAUGUAUAGCCAUACACUCAUUUUCUGCAUUUUUACAUUUCUUCUCGUACCUUAAAAGAACAUCACUUUUGAACACUUCAGCUGGAUUUAUUUGAACAUUAAUGUUAUAAGGAAUAUGGGAAUAACUAAGAAUAAGAGGUGAAGUAUUUUCAGGAGAGAAAUCAAAUGAAAGAAGCUAUGUUUAUGUUUUAAUUAUAUGCCCUUUGGUAAAUCUAGUGAUAUUUCUUCUGAAUUAUUAGUAAUAUAUAGGCACAUUUUGAACAUUGGAUGUACUUUGUAAACGGUUCCCACUCUGUUAUAAAGCAUAGUUAAGCAGUACAUGCUUAUAAAAGAGUAUUUUAUAAUCUCUUCAUUCUUGUGUUCCCUAUUUCUAAAUGAUAUGCCACAAAGUAAAGGCAUGGGAUUAUCAAGUUUUUUUUUUCUUUUGCCCUUAACAAAAUUCUGUAUGUCAAAAGUACAGAUAGUAUGAAGAUUAUUGAAUUUGUCUUGUAUUGUUAUGUUUGUGUUAAUACAUAACUUAUUAAAUCUUUGCAAAAUUAUUGUUAUCUAAAAGUACAGUACUUACGUAGUUUGGAAAGCCUACGUAAGAGUUAACAGUCCCUCAACUAGUCUUUUAACAGUAUCUGCCAGAGGAAAGGAGAGCUGAUACAGGAACUACAGGGGAAAUGGGGUUCAACCAAGGGAGUUCUUAGCAUUUUUCAGUCUGUCCACUUCAUUCAGUGUGAGAAAUGGAAGUAUGUUGUUUUCCAUUUAUUGACUAUUCAUCUAGUAUCUUUAAGAUGAUUUUUUUCAUUAUAUUAGUGUUUUCAUACUAUUUGUAAUUUUAUGGCCUUUAAAAUAUAGAACAUAAUAGAGUAGAGAUUUUGACUUGAACUUUAAAGUAUCUUGCUUAUUACAGUGCUUUUUUUUCGAAGACUGUAAAAUUACUGUAGCACACUUCAAGAAGAAAAAGGAAACAAUUUUGGAUGGUUUCCAGGUCUUUAUCUUGAAGUUUUCCUUUUUAAAUUCAAGUAGUUUUUUAUGUUUCGGGGAAAAAAAACAUGAUUAAUAGUAAGACUGAUUAUUUCUGAGCUGGUAGUUGGAAACUUUGAAACUCAGGAAAUUGCUCUGACAAUGUUUUAACUGCUCUCAAUUUAAGGAAGUGGCAAAAUGUAUAAAAAAGACACGAAAAUAAUAUGUGCUGUUUUUUUUCUUUUCCCAGUACAUUUUCUAAGUGCUUUUUCAUUGUGCAAUGAAGUUUGAUAUAAUUGUGUGUGUGUGUGUGUGUGUGUGUGUGUAGUGACCAAAUAUUGCAUAUUUUUAUUUACAUGGUAGUAAACAGAUUUAAAUGUUUGUCAUUUUAAAAUUGUCACUUAAAAGGUAAAGUAAGUGUAUGUAGAAUGUGUGUUAAUGGUGCUUAUUUUAAAGUGUAAUUCAAGUUUACAGUAUUACUUGAUGCCUCUUUACAGAAUUUAAUAAAAGAAGAAAGCUAGAAAUACAUCUACAUGUUCAAGAACUUUUUAUAGCUUCACAUUAUAUUGUGACAAACUUUAUUAUUUUCCUUAAAGUCGAACAAUUGACUUUAUGUUCUAACUGAAGAACUGACUAUUAACAGAUAAUUGAAUUAAUGGUGAGACUUCUUAUUAAAAUACAAUAUUGCAGCUAUCAUUUGGAGAAAUAUAACAUUUUCAGACAGCAUAUGGGAAGUGAAAUGUUUUUAUUUGUACAAUAAAGAAAGUGUAAUUUUGAUGUUUGUACUUUUUACUGAAAAUGUUUUAUAACUUUGCUUUUAAAAUUUCUUAUGAAACCAUUUGCAAACAACAUACUUAAUUUAAUAAAAUAUUUGAGCUACUGUACA